AUGACCCCCCGCCUCCUCUCCCUCUACUUGGCAUCCCUCGCCUCAGCAGGCCUCGUGGCCUCGGCGGAAACACCCAAAGUCAACUGGGCUCCAUGUCCCGCCGGCGAAUUCAACACGACGCUUGACCUUCAAUGCGGAAACUUGACGGUCCCGCUAGACUAUACCGGAACCGCCGAGUCCGCCAAGGGCAAGACUGUCAACUUGCAGCUCGUCAAGGUUCUGGCCCCUACCCAGCCGUCGCGCGGUGGCAUCCAGAUGAACUUUGGAGGACCGGGCUCACCGGCCCGGGGGGGGACUGUUUUGUAUGGGGAGUUGUUGCUGGCAGGAACCGGCACAACGAUCCCCUUCGUCUGUACCAACAAUACCUUCACCAUGGGCCAAAUCCUCAACGAGAUCGGAUCGACUCUCGAGUCGGACAAUGCAGAGCGACGAUCCUGGGCGCGUGGCGCUAUCGACGCGAAUAUUUGUAAAGAAGAAGGGAAUGCAGACGAAAUUGGCCAGUUCAUCGGCACGGCCUUUGUCGCAAGGGAUAUCCUGAGCGUUGCCGAGGCCAUCUCGGAGGAUGGGUUAAUACGGUACUGGGGAAUCUCGUACGGCACCACACUCGGAGCUACCAUCGCAGCCAUGUUUCCCGACAGGAUCGGCAAAAUGAUCAUCGAUGGCGUGUCCAAUACCCGUGACUACUAUCACGCACACGCUGACUACGAGCAAUGGUCCGAUACGGACCUCGUCUUCCGCUACUUCUUCGACAGCUGCAUCACCGCGCCGCCUGGGGAAUGCGCCCUUGCGGCCUUCAACAAGACGGCCUCGGAACUCCACGACGAUGCCUGGGCCUUUAUCGAGGGCCUACGAAUCUCCCCGGUCGCAGCGGGCACAACCCUCGUUGACAUGGGAACCUUCAAGAGCAUCAUCCUAGGGGGGCUGAAAAGCGUGGGCGGAUGGCCCGCCAUGUCCGCCACGCUAGCCGCCAUCCUCUACGGAAACGAAACCGAAAGCAAGGCCGCCAUCCAAUCUUUUGUACAGCCCUCCACCGCGACGCAGUAUGCCAUCGCCAGUUUUCCCAUCGUGCUCAGUCAGUACGCCAUCCUCUGCAGCGAUCGCACCGUCAGACUGGAUUCAUUCGAGGCCCAAGAGCAGGCCGGCGCCUUUAAGAAGCUCUACGAGAUUAGCAGGUUUGCGGGAGAUACCGUCAGCCCCAUCACGGCUCAUUGCACGCAGUGGCCGUGGAAGGCGAGGGAGGUUUACAAGGGGGAUUUCCAAGUCAAGACCAAGAACCCGAUCCUCCUGGCGAGCAACACCCGCGAUGCGCAUACCGCACUGAGGAGCGCGUUCAAUGUUAGCUCGGGCUUUGAGGGGAGUGCAGUGCUGGAGGUGAAUGGUACUGGUCACGCCACAUUCGGCGCCCCUUCUCUCUGUGGAUUCUUGGCUACCAGGGCAUAUUGGCAGAACGGCAUGCUCCCCAAGCCCGGAAGUGUCUGCGAUGCUCCCCAUCCCUUCUCCAGCUACACCUGGGAUGACGUGCUGGAAGAGGUGGCUGGUCAGAGAAAGAACAACACGCCGGCUGAGAAGCGGAGGGUGAGUCCGAGAUGGUGGAUGUAA